CUUAGAGUAGUGAUGAUGUCUGGUGAAAUCGUCUACUCCGAUGUUACAUUCACUCGGCAUCAGAACCAAGAUGCUGGAGCAGAAAGUGAAGUUUCUAAAGGUGAGUCUCUCCUCCUCUUUAUUCUCUCUCAUUUAUAUCGUUAUAUUAGUUUUCAAACAUACGUUUACAAUACAACAUUUCAUCACCUUGGGGGGCGAGGGUUGAAAUGUCAUAAUUCAACAAGGAGUUAGUAACAGAAGAAGGCUGUAUAUACUGAGUGUAUAAAACAUGAAGAACACCUGCUCUUUCCAUUACAUACACUGACCAAGUGAAACCAGGUGAACGCUGUGAUCAAUUAUUGAUAUCAAAUGUUAAAUCACUGUAGGAGACGGGUUAAAGAAGGAUUUUUACCCCUUGAGACAAUCGAGACAUGGAUUGUGUACGUGUGCCAUUCAGAGGGUGAAUGGGCAAGACAAAAGAUCUGGCUUGGUGCGAGGAGCAGGAACGGGCCGGGCUGGACUGGCGACACGCACCACUGGCUUGGUGCGGGGAGCAGGCACGGGCCGGGCCGGACUGGGAACACGCACCACUGGUCUGGUGGGAGGAGCAGGAACGGGCCGGGCUGGACUGGAGACACACACCACAGGUCUGGUGCGAGGAGCAGGAACGGGCCGGGCCGGACUGGGGACACGCACCAUUGGCUUGGUGCGGGGAGCAGGCAUGGGCUGGACCGGACUAGGAACACGCACCACUGGCUUGGUGCGAGGAGCAGGGACAGGCCUUACCGGACUGGGAACACGCACCACUGGCCUGGUGCGUGGAGCAGGAACAGGCCGGGCCGGACUGGCGACACGCCCCACUGGCCUUGUGCGAGGAACAGGAACAGGCCGGGCCGGACUGGGAACACGCACCACUGGCUUGGUGCGGGGAGCAGGAACGGGCCGGGCCGGACUGGGAACACGCACCACUGGCUUGGUGCGAGGAACAGGAACGGGCCGGACUGGGAACACGAACCACUGGCUUGGUGCUGGGAGCAGGCACGGGUCGUACCGGACUGGGAACACGCACCACUGGCCUGGUGCGAGGAACAGGAACGGGCCAGGCCGGCCUGGGGAGACACACCACAGGUCUGGUGCGAGAAGCAGGAAUGGGCCGGGCCGGACUGGAGACACGCACCACUGGUUUGGUGCGAGGAGCAGGAACGGGACGGGCCGGGCUGGGGACACACACCACUGGCUUGGUGCGAGGAGCAGAUACGGGCCGAACAGGACUGAUAAGGUGCACUGGAGACCAGGAGCGUUGAGCCGGCACUACCCGUCCUGGCUGGCUGCCCACUUUCACACGAUACGUGCGGGGCGCUGGCACAGAACGCACUGGGCUGUGCAUGCGCACUGGCGAUACAGUGCGUAUCUCUGCAUACUUGGGUUCCUCUAUUAACCCACGCUCCUUAUGUUGCCUAACCAGCUCCUCUCUCCGUGAAUCUACUUCCUCCUUCUCCCUACGAGCUUCCUGCAGUGCCGCCUCUUGAAUGGAGCUCUCCCGCUCUUUUCUCGCUAUCAGCCCCCGUAAUGUGGUGGCCUCCUCUCUUAACCUGCAGAUCCGAUCCUUCUCUCUCUCUCGGCACUCCUCCUCCAGUGAGGACUCCUCCGGGAGCCCCCACGAGUUAGGGAACAGAAACUCAUCAUCGUCGUCGUCAUCCUCCGACUCCUCAGUAUAAAACUGUUCCCACUCUUCUUCCCCAUGGUAGUAGGGACUCAACCUGGAAACCCACCGGGUGCAGUGGUCGGGGCUCUUCUCUCUCGCUCCCCGACCACUCCUUUAGCCCCCCCAAAAAAAUGUAUUGGGGCUGCCUCUCGGGCUUCCUCCUCGGCCGGCGCCUUCUGUGUUGCUGUUGCUCCUCUCCUGCCUGGGCUUCCUUCUUCGCCCAAGGUCCUUUCCCCGCAAAUAUCUCCUCCCAAGACCAAAUCUUCCCCACCUGUGUCCAGGGUGUUUGCUCCUGGGCACGCUGCUUGGUCCGUGUUUGGUGGGAUCUUCUGUCACGUUCGUUUAAGGACGGGUCAGACCAAAACUGUGUAAACCCAGGGACUAGAGGGAAAAUAAGACAUAUUUUGGUUGGGAUCAAUAUGAGCUUUUCUGAAGUGUGUUUGUAACUGUACUUGAGGAUAAAUAUGAAUUAGUACUAAAUGUUUAACAUGUGGUAUUGUGUGAGUCACUGGGCAUCUCUUUUAGAAUGUACUAUAGCAUUAUUAUGUAAAGUGCAAAGUUUUUGUCCAUCUCCAUAUAUAAUCCUGUUUUGAAGGAUAUGUACAGUUUUAGUGCAAUGUAAAGGGCAUGAGAAGAUGACAGUUCCAUGUAAAGUAGAUGAUAUUCGUCACACUCUGGACAUGUCUGUUGGAUUUCACACUGUGAACCAACUUCCAGACAGACAUACAGACAGACAGACAGCAUCAACCUGUAACAUUUGGUUCAUGGACAAAAGUGUUUCCUCAUUUCUCUUGACAAUAAGUUAGCUUUUCUUCAGAUAUGCUGAAUUAGAAUAUUAGAUUGGUUAGUUACCCUAACAGUUAAUAAAAUGGUUUGCAUGUUGGACCUUCCAGUCAGGGGACUCUAACCUAGUAGAGCUCAAAGGAAAGAAUAUUGAGAUAGUGGAUUGUAAGAGAGGAACUAGAAUGGGACAUUUCUUAUAGAAUGUUGAGAUAGUGGAUCGUGAGAGAGGAAAUAGAAUGGUAGAAAAUAGAAUGAAUCCUAUCCCAGGUAUUCUUUAAAGAGGUGGGGUUUCAAAUGUCUCCGGAAGGUGGUGAGUGACUCCGCUGUCCUGGCGUCGUGAGGGAGCUUGUUCCACCAUUGGGGUGCCAGAGCAGCGAACAGUUUUGACUGGGCUGAGCGGGAACUAUGCUUCCGCAGAGGAAGGGGAGCCAGCAGGCCAGAGGUGGAUGAACGCAAUGCCCUCGUUUGGGUGUAGGGACUGAUCAGAGCCUGAAGGUACGGAGGUGCCGUUCCCCUCACUGCUCCAUAGGCAAGCACCAUGGUCUUGUAACGGAUGCAAGCUUCAACUGGAAGCAAGUGGAGUGUGCGGAGGAGGGGGGUGACGUGAGAGAACUUGGGAAGGUUGAACACCAGACGGGCUGCAGCAUUCUGGAUGAGUUGUAGGGGUUUAAUGGCACAGGCAGGGAGCCCAGCCAACAGCGAGUUGCAGUAAUCCAGACGUGAGAUGACAAGUGCCUGGAUUAGGACCUGUGCCGCUUCCUGUGUAAGGCAGGGUCGUACUCUCCGAAUGUUGUAGAGCAUGAACCUGCAGGAUCGGGUCACCGCCUUGAUGUUAGCGGAGAACGACAGGGUGUUGUCCAGGGUCACGCCAAGGCUUUUCGCACUCUGGGAGGAGGACACAACGGAGUUGUCAACCGUGAUGGCGAGAUCAUGGAACGGGCAGUCCUUCCCCGGGAGGAAGAGCAGCUCCGUCUUGCCAGGGUUCAGCUUGAGGUGGUGAUCCGUCAUCCAUACUGAUAUGUCUGCCAGACAUGCAGAGAUGCGAUUCGCCACCUGGUUAUCAGAAGGGGGAAAGGAGAAGAUUAGUUGUGUAUCGUCAGCGUAGCAAUGAUAGGAGAGGCCAUGUGAGGAUAUGACAGAGCCAAGUGACUUGGUGUAUAGGGAGAAAAGGAGAGGUCCUAGAACUGAGCCCUGGGGGACACCAGUGGUGAGAGCACGUGGUGCGGAGACAGCUUCUCGCCACGCCACUUGGUAGGAGCGACCGGUCAGGUAGGACGCAAUCCAGGAGUGAGCCGCGCCGGAGAUGCCCAGCUCGGAGAGGGUGGAGAGGAGGAUCUGAUGGUUCACAGUAUCAAAGGCAGCAGACAGGUCUAGAAGGACAAGAGCAGAGGGUACAUUUCUAAUAGAAUGUUGAUACAGUUGAUUGUGAGAGAGAAACUAUACUGAACAAAAAUAUAAAUGCCACAAGCAACAAUUUAAAAGAUUUUACUGAGUUACAGUUCAUAUAAGGAAAUCAGUCAAUUGAAAUUAAUUAAUUAGGCUCUAAUCUACGGAUGUCACAUGACUGGGAAUACAGAUAUGCAUCUGUUGGUCAUAGAUACCUACAAAAAAAUGGGCCUUACAAUGACCUCAAGAUCUCGUUACGGAAUUUUUGUGCAUUCAAAUUGCAAAUCGAUAAAAUACAAUCGUGUACGUUGUCCGUAGUUUAUGACUGCCCAUACCAUAACCCCACCACCACCAUGGGGCACUCUGUUCACAACGUUGACAUCAGCAAACUGCUCACCCACACGACACCAUACACAAGGUCUGCGGUUGUGAGGCCAGUUGAACGGACUGCCAAAUUCUCUAAAACGACGUUUGAGGUGGCUUAUGGUAGAGAAAUGUAUCUGUGGCAUUGUGUUGUGUGACAAAACUGCACAUUUUAGAGUGGCCUUUAUUGUCCCCAGCACAAGGUGCACCUGUGUAAUGAUCAUGCUGUUUAAUCAGCUUCUUGAUAUCCCACACCUGUCAGGUGGAUGGAUUAUCUUGGCAAAGGAGAAAUUCUCACUAACAGGGAAGUGAACAUAUUUGGCUACAUAAUUUGAGAGCAAUAAGCUUUUUGUGCAAAUGGAACAUUUCUGGGAUCUUUUAUUUCAGCUCAUGAAACAUGGGACCAACACCUUAGAUGUUGCGUUUAUAUAUAUUUUCAGUGUAGACCGAUACAUUUCUAAUAUAAUAUUGAUAUAGUGGAUUCUUAGAGAGGUACUAGAAUGGUACAUUUCUAAUAGAAUGUUGAGAUAGUGGAAUGUGUGAGAGAAACUAGAAUGGUACAAUACUAAUAGAAUGUUGAGAUAGUGGAAUGUGUGAGAGAAACUAGAAUGGUACAAUACUAAUAGAAUGUUGUGAUAGUGGAAUGUGAGAGAGAAACUAGAAUGGUACAAUUCUAAUAGGGGGUAAUCACCAUGAGGUUGGUUUUAGGGAAAUAAUAUAAUCACGCAUGGGGUGCAAUAUAUAUAAAAUAAUUGAAAAAAAGAACAAUUUCUUUCUUCAUAUCUCUGUAACCAUAGGAGUAGCCGAACGUGAAGAGGAUGUCACAUACUCUGAGGUCAGAAGACCAGGAGGUAGAGCUAGAGAGCAGGAGGAUCCUGGGAAAGGUGAGGUGUGUGUGUGUUACAGUUAGCUAAGGGUUACAUUAAAUACCCCUUAUUUAACCUUAUGACCUUAUAACCUCUGACAUCCACUCCUUUUCCAGGAAGUGACCCUGACACUAGUGACCCCUCUCCCCCAGUGGGGUCAAAGGCUGCAAUCCCGGAGGGAGGGUCUGGGAGUGUUCCCGUGGUGACCCUGGCGUGUCUCUGUGUUCUACUGCUGGGUCUGGCUAUCACUCUGGGAGUCCUCUGUGAGUAUAGAAACAUUUAACUGAACCCUGACCCUUUUACACUACUGAACCGAACUGGUUAUGCAUCCACUGUAGUUGUUGGCCUGGAACUCUGCUGAAAAGGACAAUGUGCAGAGAAAAUAUCCAAGCCACCCCAGACCAGUACAUUUCAGGUUGGUACGAUAGUGUGAUACACAAGAGGAGAACAAUUACCCUCCAUCUUGUCUCCUUGUCUCUGUUCCAGAUUCUUCCAACAUGACUAGUCUUCAAGCUGAGGAGGCUCGCUUUGCCCAGAUGAAAGAGAAUCUAACAGGUGAGAAUAUCAAUGAUCCAGAGGUCUUUAACAUUAUCAACCCCUUCUAUAAAUGUUUGAGAAAAUCCAUAUAAAUCAUUAAGGUGCAGUUUGUCAAUGGGGGACUGGCUCAGAUUCAAAUACUGCCGUUUCACUGUAAUAUAUGAAUAACAUAUUGUUUCAUUUUAAUAUGACUACGGUUAGAUAAUAGGUCAUUCUAGCUUGGACAAGGUUUACUUUCUUACUUUAUUGUUAGAUAUGUACAUAAAUGAAUGUUAUUCAUCCAUAUUAUUUGCUCUUUCAUAACAGGGAAACUGCAUGAACUGCAAGACAACUAUAAGAGACUGCAGAAUGAGAGCCACAACAUAACAGGUAGGUAGUCUAGAGCAGGACUCUACUGACAUGGGACUGACUAGCUGCUGUUCUCCUAUUCAUAUCACAAUAUUCAUUCACUAUUAACGUGAAGUUUAAAAGUGGAAGUUGAACCCAAUUUAACUCAAACUUCUCAUUUCAGUACAAAGUUCCAUGUUAUAAUGAUUAGGAUUACAUUUACAUUGCAGUAGUAUUGCUUCCCCAAAACAUGUUGUUUGAAUAUUGUAUAUGCUAUCAUUGUACUGUAUAUGAGGAAAGAGAGGGGUUUUUCUUGACCAGGGAAAAGUCCUGGCCCUAAUGGAAACUUAGUCAUAUGAGUGUGGUGAAGUGCGUUGGAACGUCAUUUUGUACUUCAAAUGUUUUAUGCGCCAAAUGCAUACCUUUGUAUUAUGGCCUUAAUUCAACAGUUAUUUUAUAAUAAAGAAAAAUAUAUUUACAAAAUAAUAUAUAUAUUUACAAAACAUAUGAGGGAUUGGAAAUGAUACAGACAAUUACAUUGAUAGAAGCCACAAUCUAUCUACAAUAUUAAAGCUGAUUUGCCCCCUAAAACAAUUUAUACAAUAAAUAAACAGUUAUUUUGUAGGUCACUCUUUCAUUUGCCAAAUGCUCUACAUUAUAGCUCAAAUUCAAGAGAACUACACUGUCUUCUAAUAAGAUAUCAAUCUCUUCUGUUCUUAGUCCAGAGAGAGCUGUUAUCCUCAGAGCUUCAAGACUGUAAGGCCAACCUGACUAGGGUCAAAGAUCUCCCGGCAACCAUCCAA